AAAAUGUCAUUUGAUAUGUCACUAAUAAACGUCAACCGUCCUGUCAAGUGUCAACAGUCAAUGUCAAAUCUAUUUGCUUGCCUUUCGUCUGUCUGCCUUGUGUUGACCUUAUUUAUUUGUAAUUUAGAUGCUGUGUUAAAGUAAAAUCUGCCAGCUGUAACGGAUUGUUAGGUGAUCUUGCUAUUCUUUCAAAAUAUAUAACUCUUAGAUUUUAUUACUUCAAUCUGUUUAAGAGUGUCUUGUAUGAGUAUAUAUAUUACUUACGAAUAUCAUAUAAGAUGUCUACAGAGGAAGAAAAAAUCAACGGUGAUAACAGCACUACGACUGAAUCAAAUGGCGAGAAACGAGUUGGUUGUGCUCAUUACAAACGUCGAGCCAAAUUUGUGACACCAUGCUGCAACAAAUUUUAUAUGUGUCGCUACUGUCACGAUGAGAAAGAACAACACUACUUCAACAGGAAGUCUGUUACUGAGUUGAUUUGCACAGAAUGCGAUACACGACAGAAAGUUCAGGCAAAAUGUGAAAAUUGUGGAGUCACAUUUGGAAAGUAUACAUGUCUGUUAUGCAACUUAUUCGAUGAUGAAGAUAAACGACAAUACCACUGUGAUGGUUGUGGUAUUUGUCGUGUGGGUGGACGCGACCGCUUCUUCCAUUGUGAGCGAUGCAAUAUGUGCCUGCCUGUCCAGCUACAGAGAGUUGGCCAUAGGUGUGUUGAGAACGUGUCCCGUUCCAACUGUCCAGUAUGCCUGGAGGACAUCCACACCUCACGUAUACCGUGCCACAUUCCCGACUGUGGGCAUCUGCUGCAUCGGCCCUGCUUCGAACAACUGCUGCAGUCUGGCCACUACGCCUGCCCGACCUGCCAGACCAGUAUGAUCGAUAUGACUAAUCUGUGGAGUUAUUUGGAUUCGGAAGUAGCAGCGACGCCGAUGCCGCCGGAAUACGCAGAUUAUAAGACUACUAUCCUCUGUAAGGACUGCCACAAGCUGUCAACAGUAAAGUUCCACGUAGUCGGUCUUAAGUGCCAACAUUGUGGAGCGUACAAUACAUGCCAGACGAACGGGUUCCAUAAGUAAGCUUGAUUUUUUUUAAUCAUUAAACAAUAUAUGUAAAAAUGAUCUAUUUUGGUGAUAAAAGCAUACACAUAAUCAUCACCAACCUAUUAAUGUCCCCAAACCUCAGGUCUUCCAUAUGGAUUGAAUCGAAUUAAGGAAAAUGGGCCAUUGUUUCAUAAUACGAGGGUUUUAACUACUUAUUUUGGAACCCAAUAACAAUUGGGUUCCAAAAUAAGUAGUAAACUUAACAAAGUUUUAACAAAAAUCUUAAUCUAACAGAGAGUCGAGCAACACAGAGCCGGGUGACUCUUCAUCGUCUAGUUCGACAUCGUCCAGCCGUAGCGGGUCCGCGUCAGUGCCGGUCCCCCGUCCCCCCUCCCCCGAGGACCACCUCCCCCGCGCCAACCCCCUCCACGAGCCUCCGCAGGCAUGAGACUCGGCCUCCCUCCCUGAUCCCCCUCCUCGUAACAAUUCCUAGCAUGAGCCCCCAAACCUUAUCGAUGGUUGAAAGACUAAAUCAUUGAUCAAAAUGAUAUUUUAUUUUAAUAUCGAAUUGUAAUAUUUGGAAACGAAUUUUUUUUCUGAUUCCUAAUACAUAUAUAUAUAACUUAAUUCUUAUAAAAUAAUGUCGGUAGGAUCUAUUAGGCUUAAAAUUUUCGUUGAUCUUCAAACCCAUCUC